UUGGAAUGCAUCUUUCAGGAGGAACCAGAAUCCGAAGAAGAAAUUGUGAAGACCAGCAAGCCUGCGAAAGACCUCGAGGAUUCGGAUGAAUGGGGUUCGGAUUCAGAAGCUUCAUCGGAUAGCGAUUCAGAUUUGGAUCUCGAAGGCAAACAGAUGGAAGAUUUGCGUAGAUUCUUCCUAAAGAAGGAAUUCAAAGAAGGUGGAGAAACAGAUGCUAAGGAAAAACGACAAGCAGAAAGGGCGCAAAAACAGAAGGAGCGUGAAGCGAAGGAAAAA